AUGUCCGAGCUAGCGUUCUUUCUUUCUUUCUUUCUUUCUUUCUUUCUUUCUUUCUUUCUUUCUUUUUUCAUUUCUUGUUUCCUUUCAUUAAGUAUGUGUCAUUCUAUCCUUUUAUUUCUUUCUUUCUUUUUUUCUAUCCUUUUCUUUCUUUCUUUCUUUCUUUCUUUCUUUCUUUCUUUCUUUCUUUCUAGUAUAAUUUCUUUCUUUCUUUCUUUUUUUCUAUCCUUUUCUUUCUUUCUUUCUAUUCUCUCUUUCUUUCUUUCUUUCUUUCUUUCUUUCUUUAUUUAUUUAUUUAUUUAUUUCUACUAUAAUUUCUUCCUUGCUUUUUUUCAUCGGUUCUUUCUUUUUUUUUACUAUCAUUUCUUCCUCGAUUUCUUUCAUCAGUUCUUUCUUUCUUUCUUUCUUUCUUUCUUUCUAUCUUUCUUUCUUUCUUUCUUCCUUGCUUUCUUUCAUCUAUAUAUCUGUUUUGAUUCUUUCCUGAUUAUCAUUUUUUUUCACCCAUUCCAUUGGGAUUCGACAUUCCACCUGCCCCUCUUUUCCUACUCCUACUCCUUCUCUCCAAAACCCCACCCCCUUACUUUCCUCCACCCCCUCCCAGGAAUGCUCACAGGGAUUCAGCCGCCGAUAAAAGCCUCCGAAUGUAAUUUCCAGUGA